AUGCAGCAACGAGCCCAGUCGUUUCGCAGGGAUGCUCCUUCCGGUGUACAUGUGACUUCCGCUACCAAGACGCCUACAAAAGCGAGUGCCUGUUGCGUUCUUUCCGCAGUCUUCCUGGAAUCAGUCCGACGGUUGUGAUCCUGUUCUCCCUGACUUCUCGCCCUUGUCGUCGUCAUGUCUGUGAUACUCUACAGCUGCGAGCCCAGCGCGCCUUGCCGUGUGGUCAGGAUGGUGGCCAAGCACAUCGGCCUUCCGCUCACAAUUAAGGAGGUCGACAUUCCUGCUGGUGACACCAAGAAGGAAGAUUUCCUCAAGCUUAACCCAGCCCACACUGUCCCUACUAUGGUCGAUGGCAGCCUCGUACUGUUCGAAAGCCGCGCCAUCGUUACCUACCUGGUGGACAAGUACGCUGCCGGCAGCCCCUUGUAUCCCCAGGACAUCGAGAAGCGCGCGGUGAUCAACAAUCUGCUGAUGUUCGACAUUGGCACCCUCUACAAGACUAUGUCUGCCUACUUCUACCCGGCCCUGCUUUUCAAGAAGGAAUACGACCCCGCUACCGAAGCCCCCAUGAAUGAUGCUCUGCAAGUUCUCGGAAAACUGCUGUCGGACAAGCCUUACCUGACCGGCUCCGACAUCAGCCUUGCCGACAUCGUUGUCGCUGGUACCCUCUCCUUCGUUGACGUCGCCGAUUACAGCCUGGACGCCCAUCCCAAAGUCCGCGACUACUACAGUGCCCUCAAGAAAGACCUCCCGUACUACGCCGAGGUGAACGACAAGGGCAUCGAGAUGUUCCGGAAGUACUCUCAGAAGUAACCAUGUACCGUUCUCGGUUGCAGUGGCAAAUAAACAUCCCCCUCGUUUACUUUC